AUGUUUCCCUCAUGGGGGCGCUGUACACUGACAGGGAGCAUACCUCAACGCUCAGUUUAUCUCCGAAAGGGCAUUUUUGAGGCAGAGAAGAGGUUCUUUUCAAGGAAUUCAUUCCUACACCAGAAGCAGCAUGCCUCCGCGGCACCCUUCAACACACCGCAAUCGCAACAGCGCAACACUUCUACUAUGUACUAUACAAUCAGCAUGAUCCUCGGAACCGUCGCACUUGCCUAUGGCUCCGUUCCUCUGUACAAAAUGAUCUGCCAGCAAACCGGUUGGGGUGGCCAGCCCAUUCUUACCCACCGAGUCGGCGACGGCGACACAGCCUCCCGAGUGACACCAGUAACCGACUCCCGACGUCUCCGCAUUACCUUCAACGGCUCCGUCUCCGAUGUUCUUCCCUGGAAGUUCACGCCGCAACAACGAGAGGUUCGGGUGCUGCCUGGUGAGACAGCCCUGGCUUUCUACACUGCCACCAACAAGGGUCCCCAGGAUAUCAUUGGAGUCGCAACGUAUAGCGUCACUCCGGGCCAGGUGGCACCGUACUUUAGCAAGAUUCAGUGCUUCUGUUUCGAGGAGCAGAAGUUGAAUGCUGGCGAGUCCGUGGAUAUGCCUGUCUUCUUCUAUAUUGAUCCUGAUUUCGCGACGGAUCCUAAUAUGAAGGGCAUUGAUACGAUCACGUUAUCUUAUACAUUCUUCAAAGCGAAAUAUGAUGACAAUGGGGUUCUGAAGCCCAUUCAGUCUUAA